AUGACACUAGAAUCUUUUGUGACUCAAUUACAUUCUCCCAGUCAAAUAUCUGGUCUGCUAAAACCUAUCAAAUCUGUCAUUGAGAGUCUUCUUGAUCAGGUAGAUGUCGAUGACUUCUUACUACAGAUCAAUGGAUUGAGAAGCUUUGUGGAAAAGCAUAUAGUGAAUAAUAACUUUAAUCAUUUGCAGCUGUCUGUUGUCUGGCUUUGCUUUUUUGAGUGCUACUUGAGGCGAUUUGGACCUGGAUCUGAAGAGUUGGCCAAUGCGAGAUCGGUAACUGAGUACAUAUUCUCUUUAGGAGUGUCUUACUUUAAUAAGGUCGAUCUAGGUGUCAUAUAUUCCGAUCACCUUCUUACAAAGAUGUUUAAUCACUUUGUUACCCAAUUCGUUCUAUUAAAUAAUCCCUUAGGAAUUAGUUAUCUUUUUGAUUCUGUCUGCCAUUACAUUUCAAUGGAUCCUUCUACUCUCAACUACCUUCAGAUCUUCACUGUUCGUCAGUUGUUCAUUCAGAAUCGAAUCCAUCAGAUUGUUCAAUUAUACUCUGGCUCCGGAAUUUGUGAUUUCACCCGAAUUGAUUCUGCAUCUCUUAGUAAAGAUCAUAUUCUUCUAUUUUACUUUGAUGUGGCCAGAUCUCUUUUCAUAGAUGCCAAAUACACUGAAAGUUAUAAGACUUUUGUUGUAAUUUUCCAUCUUCCUGUCAAUUUGGUCGAUAGGCUGUUGAUAGACGAGCUUCUUUCUGUCUAUGUGGUCAACUUGCUGCUGCUAGAAAAGGAUUAUCGGUCUUUGAAUGAUAUUCUUAUUAGAUUCAGCUCUCUAAUACCGUCAAACAUUUUGAAUAUCUUUCACUGUUAUCAAGCAGCUCAGUUUAAUCAGUUUGUUAGAUUGGUCUACCUUGAAUAUGUCCAAAGACUUGAAGCUCAUGGUCAGAAGGAGUAUAUUUUCACCAAACCAGUGAUUACGCUGCUGAUCACACAUUUGGCAAAGAUUAAGUUUGGUUCUUCUUGUGGAAAAUUGGUCAACGUUCCCAUGUUAGACCUGAAUCAUAUCGAUCCAACUGCUAGGACUUUGGACAUUUUGGACUCAUUGGAUAUUCGCAUCGACAGAGCCGAUGUGAGGCAGCGCCUACAAUCGUCUGGUGACUACGAAGUCUCUUCCAAACAUCUUCUAACAACGGUGGUUGAACUAGCACAAUGCAACUCCAGUCUAGGCCGAAGUCUUCAGGAUGAAAAAGGACUGCGAAAUUUGCAAAAGCAGACUAAUACAUACAGCCAGUAA